GUGCACCCCCGCCCCCAAGCCGUAGUGCGCGGCUCGCGCGCGGCUUCCAUGGAGAGCGAAAUGGACCUGGCGGAGGCGUGGUCUGCUGUGGCCGAGCUGCGCCUGCUCAAGGAUCAAGCUGCUCCAAAGGAAGUGCUGCUGGUGGCUGUCCAGGCCCUGGAAGCCGCGCGCGAGAGCGGGUUCAGGGAGGUCGAGGCUCGUUUGGCCCUGGCCGAGGCAAAGCUCCUCACCUCUGGCCCGGGCAGCGGCUUCCAAAUUGCGCUGGAGGAGGCCCGGCAGGCGGCCGGGAGCCAAGGAACCGCGGGAGCUGUGGGGCUGCUUCGGCUGGAAGGCUGCGCCUGUCUGGCGCGAAGGCGGCCGGAAGAGGCGCUGCGCUGCGCGGAGCGGAUGAAAGCCCAAGGAGCUUCGGCGGAGUCGGAGGCCUUGGCCUCGGUGAGCGCGCGGCUCUGCGGCCGCGCCAAAGAGGCGGCGGCGGCGGGGCGCCGCGCGGCGGAGCUCGGAGGCGCGGAUUGGGCGGCCCUGGGCCUCAUCCUGGAGGCGCGCGCCUCGGCUUCCGCGGCCGCCGCCCUGCCCCGCGCGGCGCGGGCGGCGCUGGCGCUGGCGCUGGGGCCGAGUGAGGGGCAGAAGGCCGCGGCGCAGCGGGCUCUGCGCCUGGCGGAGUCCGGCGCUGGCGGCCUGCGCGGCGCCGCGCUGCGUUUGCCCGGGGCGGACUUGGCGGCCGACGCCGUGGGCCGUUUGGGGCGCGGGGCGCCCUGGCGCCGGAGGGAGGCGGAGGUGUGGGCGGCCCGCUCCGCGGCCUCCGCCGCCUCCGCCUCCGUGGUGGUGCGGCGCCUGGCGGCGCUGGGCGCGGAGGGCGAGGCGGCGCUGGGGGAGGUGGCGCUGAAGGCGGCGGAGGAGGAGGAGACAUGGGACGAGGCGGCUGCCCUGGCCCAGCGAGCGCUGGCCCUGGCUCGGAAGCGCCAGGACUUCGCAGCUGAGGCCCUCGCUCUGCGCUGCCUCACGCGGCUGCAUGGGAGGAUGAAGCUGCCACCUCUCCGUUCCGACUUCCGGAGCUUUUGCAUCGCCAAGCUCUGCGCCGGCGCCAAAGAUGCGGCGGAGCAGCUUUCGGCGGCGCCGCUGCAAAAGGCGCUGGAGGCCAUCGCAGAGGCGGGUCACGCGGUCGAUGACCUGUUGGCAGAUGUGGACCUGGAGGAGGCAAUGUCGCCACUUCGGCCGGGCGCGGACUGGCUGCGCUCCGCCGAAGUGCCUGCGGUGCUGUACCGCCACAUUUUCAGCCCAGACAAGGCCAGUGGUCAGCCGCUCAUGCUGGACGAAGUUCCCAAGCGCCGGAUGUACUGCAACGUCAGGGUGGGCGGCGUCCAGUACGGCCCGCGGUACCGGCAAGUUCAAGGGUUUAAGCCGCCGAGCUCCAAAGCGGACGCUGGAAAGCCCGCGGUGGUGGCCGUAUUGCGGCCGUCCUCAGAAGCAGAGGAGUGGGAUGCGCGAACGUGGGAUUGGGCCCCGCCUUUGGUGGACGCGGCUGCGCACGCGGCUUUCCUCUUUGGCGAAAAAGAGAGGUGCCCUUCGCCAUGUGCUCCCUGGCCCGCGGCGAACCUUCCCCCGCCCUACGCGCGGGCGGCGGCCUCGCCGAAAACGCGACGCGGAUGCGGCGCCCGCGCGGCGCGGGGCGCCGAGGGCAUCGACUGGUCGCCGCUGCCAAAGCCGCAGACGGCGUGGGCGCUGGUCACAGGGGCCGCCACGGGCCUGGGCUUCCGCCUGGCCGCGGCCUGCGCGCGCUGCGGCUACGGGGUGAUCCUCACGGAUGACGCCCCCACGCUGAGCCUCGAGGCGGAGCUGGCGAGUUUCAAGCGGGUUCGCAAGAUCCCCGCCAAGCUCUCAGAUCCCUCGGAUGGCGCUGCGUCUCUGUAUAAGAAGAUCAAAGAGGAGGGCCUGGACGUGUGCAUUCUCCUGGUGUGCUCGGAUCAGUUCGCCUACACGGGGCCAUUUCUCCAACAGAGUGUGGAGAACCUGGACCGCAUGUUGGCCCUGAACGUGGGGGCCACCACGGUCCUGUGCCGGCAGUUCGGGGAGGACAUGGUCCAGCGGGGCCGGGGCCGCAUCCUGCUGGUGGGCGCCGGCGCUCAAAACGGCGGCGUGCGGGGCGUGCCGGGCGCCUCGGCCUUCGCGGGGUCCAUGGCCUUCGUGGGGAGCUUGGCGGAGGGCCUGCGCCAGGAGCUGGCGGAGAGCGGCGUGGGCAUCUCAUGCUUGGAGACUAGCUCUUUGGGGCGCCUGGAUAGCCUCACCCAGGCGCUGAAAACCACCUGCGUGGCCUUCCUGACAGAGGAGGAGGCCCCCACAGAGCCCGCAGGGUUCCAGCCGCAGGCAGCUGUCAUCGAAGACUCCUGGAAUGAGGAGUACCUGCGGCUGGCGGAGGAGGAGAACUUCCAGCCUCUGCCGUACGCGGCGGAGAUCGACCGCCUGCAGCACGCCCCCCUGUCUGAGAUCUCCAAUGCGCUCCUGGUGGGCCUGGGCUGCGCCAUCUACGUGCUGGCGCGCUCGCCCGGCAUCAGCGAGGGCACGGUGCGCGUUCUCUCUGCGGCAGCCUCUUCGGUGAACGCGCUGUUUGCCUUGGACUACUUGUCGCGCUGGUGGUGUCGUGGCCUGCGAUUGGGGUACUUGUUCAACCCCAUCAUGGUCGCGGACUUCUUCAGCAUCCUGCCCUUUUUGGCGCGACCCUGGGUCCCCUACUUCAGCAACAUGGAGCUCAACUUUCUGAAGCUCUUCCGGGUGCAAAGGGUCUACCGCUUCUUCCGGCCAAAGGCGUUCAAGAGCUUCCUGCGGAUCCUGGUGGGCCCUGAUCAGGCGAAGCCUUAUGAGGAGGGCCUCAAGGAAGUACGGCCGUACCAGCUGCAGGUUCUCCGCACCUUUGGCGUGGUCUUCAACUUGAUCUUUAUCACCGCCGGGCUCUGCUACGAAGCGGAGCACCCGGUGAAUCCUCAGUUCGGCGACAUCUUUUCCUCGUUUUACUUCAGCGUGGUGGCGCUGUCCACCGUGGGCUUCGGCGACAUCGGGCCCGUGACGUCCGAAGGACGUUUGGUCAUCACGGGGGCCAUCAUCGUGGGGCUAUGCCUCAUCCCUUCGGAGGCGUCCUUGGUUGCCACGGCCAUCGCGGAGGAGCAGCGGAUGCAGGAUGAGAAGGAGGCUGAGCAGGCGCUGGCUGAAGCUGAGCGAACUCGUGCCCAGCUGGCUUGGGACGCGGCCCGGAUCGCCGAGCUGGAGGAUCUCGAUCGCCAGGAGCGAGCGCGCAUCGUCGAGUUGGAGGAGCAGGCAAAGACCUGGCAGCAGGAGAGCAAACCGUCAGAAGUCUCCAGUGAGACCGCCUGA